AUGGGAGAGAAUGAAGAGAAGGUGGUGCUGAAAGCAGACUUCCACUGUGAAGGCUGCGCUAAAAAAGUAAUCAAGUGCAUUCGCGCUUUUAAUGGGGUGAAGGCAGCGACAAUCGACGGCCAGAAGAUGACGGUCACGGGAAAGGUGGAUCCGGUGAAGCUGCAGCAGAAGGUCGUGCAGAAAACGCAUCAGAAGGUGGAGGCAGCAUUGACGACGGCGGUUCUGAAAUUGAAUCUGCACUGCAACGGCUGCAUUAAAAAAAUCUACAAAAUUGUGGCCAAAACUAAAGGUUAUAAGGGUGUGGAGGUCGACACACAGAAAGAUCUGGUGAUUGUGAGCGGCGCCGUGGACGUGGAGGCGCUGGCUGAUGAGCUGCGGAAGCACCUCAAGAAAGACAUGGCGAUCGUGCCGUCCAAGAAAGACAAUGGCGGUGGCGAUGGGAAAGGGAACAAUGUGCAAGGAAAUGACAUGCACCACCCGCACCCGUACUGA